AUGCCAAGCCUGACGUCAUUCCCCCCAUUCCCCGACAACGUCCCCACUCACCCGUUACUCGUGGUAGACUACACACUACUCAAGGCAGGAGACAAGGAUGAAAUAUCAAAGCUCUGGAAAGCAGCGACAGAGCUAGGGUUCUGGUAUUUGAAGAACCAUGGUACCGACGAACUCGUCAAUCAGAUGUUCGACAUGGGUGCUGAGACAAUGGGUCUUCCCCUGGAUGAGAAAAUGAAGUUCGAACAAGGCGAUGACGGUAUGUCAUUUGGCUACAAGGCUGCCGGAGCGAACGCCACAGACGAAACAGGUGCAUUGGACACCGUUGAGUUUGUCAACAUCGCCAAGGACGACGCGCUGUCCUGGCCGACUCCGACACACCGCACAUACCCCAUGACGGUCAACGCCCGCAUGGAACCAACUAUAAUUCCCUUCGUGAAGAAGUCCAUAGAGGUUAACAACACUGUUCUCGAGAUCUUCAAUGCGCAGCUCGGACUGCCAAAUGGCACUCUCCUGCGGAAACAUAUGCUUGGCGAGCCUAGCGGUAGCGAGGCACGGUGCAUCAAGAAUCCUCCGAGGCCCAACGGGAUAUCCGAAGAGAAAGCCGCCCUUGGAGCGCACACUGACUUUGGAUCCCUCUCGUUCCUGCACAAUCGCCUUGGCGGACUCCAAGUGAUGGUCCCUGGGACUAAUGAAUGGCAAUACAUCAAGCCUAUCUCGGGACAUGCUAUAUGCAACGUCGGCGAUGCCUUGACUAUUUUCAGCGGGGGUGUAUUGCGGUCCAACCUCCACCGUGUCGUUUCUCCGCCUGGCGCUCAAGGCUACUACGAGCGGUGGUCGCUCGUCUUCUUUACCCGCCCGGGCAACUCUGUCGCCCUGCACGCACUUGCCGAGGAGAGUUCGCUCGUUGAGGAAGCUAUGGCGAAGGUGCAGGACACGAGCGUCUUCCAGACGAACGUGACGUCUGCAGAAUGGUUUGCGAGGAGAAUCAAGAAUCAGAGAACGAAGAACCAAAAGGGUGUCGAGACGUGGCGCGCCAGUCGCGGAACCGAGCACAGGCCAUUGGCUGUGUAG